AGUCAGCUAGUCAAUCACGCACACUACGAAACGAAUCAAGCUCGGGUAUUGUCAUUCACAUCUGUUUUCAUAAAUUGUUGUUAUAGUUUGUGUAUAAACGUAAUUUAUUCUCAAUUUAUUUAUUGAUGAGUGUUAGAAUUAAUUUAAAACGGUUGUUUGAGUGAUUGUGUUAUCAAGUAAUGUUUGUUUGGGUCCUUAUUUAUUUUUUUUACUUGUGACGUCAUUGUUUUCAACUGCCAGUAUAAACGACGCAAUAACUUAAAAUUUCGAAAAUGGACUUAAAAUGAGGAUUGUUUUCGUAAACAAGGUCAGGCCACGCAAUGUCGGCGGAGUCCCCGCGGCACGCGCGGGCGGGUGGGCCGCUCACGGUGCCCGCUCAGCCGCCCAGCGACCGCGGCCUCAUCGACGCGGUGUCGGGCUUCAUCAACGACGUCACGCUUUCCUCCUCCUCCACCGCGGACCCUAAAGACGUCAUACAAUGGGCUCGGUUCGAGACAGCAGACAUAAACGAGCCGACGCCGGAAGGCGACUGCGACGCCGAUAUCUCCCCCCUGCUAUUGAUCCUGGGCUACGGCUCCGGAGUCCAGGUCUGGUUGAUCCCCCCGAGCGGGGAAGCGCAGGAGGUUCUGUCAUGGCGUCAAGGCACAGUGAGGGUGCUCCGUAUACUGCCAACCCCGCAGCACGGCGACUGUUUCACGUCGAAAAGGCCCCUCAUAGCCCUAUGUGACUCCGCGAGCCCCGGACCCACGUUCUGCUCUCUCAGCUUUAUAUCCAUAAGAGGAGGAGAGCAGGUGAAGAGUAUAAAAUUCAAGAAUCCAAUCCUCGACGUACUGGCCAACAAGCGGUCCGUGGUCGUGGCCUUUUCUGAGAGAUUCGCCGUGUUCGACGCGGGCACGUUAGAGGACAGGAUGGCUAUAACGACUUGCUAUCCGUGCCCGUGCCCCUUGGGGGGUAGCCAGCCCAUCAACCCCUUGGCGCUGGGAGACCGCUGGCUGGCGUACGCUGAUAAGAAACUUCACCCUUCGAAGAGAAGCAGUGGCGGGUGUGAAGGUGAAGGUGUAACGAGCUAUACAGCCACCGUCCUGCACGCAGCGAAGUCUCUCAGCAAGGGCCUACGAGGGCUUGGAGAAAGUGUGGCCCACAGUCUAGCAGGUGGGCGAAGCACUUCGCAGUCGCCGUCGCCGCCCAAUAGCGACGCCCAGCAGGCGGGCGUCGUCACCAUCCUAGAUAUAGAGAGCAAUGAAUAUGACGACGGUCAAGACAACGAGGACCCGUACGACCCCAUCGUGGCCCACUUCCUGGCGCACUCCGAGGCCAUCAUCGCGUUGAAGUUCGACGCCAGCGGGAUGCUGCUGGUGACCGCGGACCGCCGCGGGCACGACUUCCACGUGUUCCGCAUCAACCCGCACCCUUGCGGCCCGAGUCUCGCCUCCGUGCACCAUCUGUAUAUACUGCACAGGGGGGACACUACAGCCAAAGUGCAGGACAUCGCGAUAUCUCCAGAUUCGCGCUGGACGGCGAUCACGACGCUCCGUGGUACCACGCACGUGUUCGCGAUCAGCCCGUACGGCGGCGCGUGCGGAGUCCGCACGCACACACAGCCACGCGUCGUCAACCGCCUGUCGCGCUUCCAGCGCUCCGCCGGCCUGCCCAUACACGCGCAGCCGCAGCGCUCCGGCAGCCCUGUCAGCGAAUGUCUCGGGCAGGGCGCAUGGUUCCCCAACCCGCGCUUGCCGCCGUACCCGCUGCCGUGUCCGUGCGCGCCGCUCGCGCAGCUGCGGCCCGAGGCCAACCUGCCCACGCGCACCAUCACCCGCACCAGCUCAGGCCGGCAACGCUUGUCGUCCCUGUCGGAGGACUGCAACAGCGCGCCGCUGCCAGCUCGCGCGCGCUUCGGGCUGUCGGUGUGCAGCGCGGCAACGCCGCGCGCGCCCGCCAUGCCCGCGCUGUAUCUCGUCACGCACACCGGCGGCCUGCUGCACCUAGUGCUGCACGCCCGCCCCGCGAGGAGUAUCCCGAAAGAAAAAGUGUGUGACGAGUCUCCGAUCGAGGUGGAGGUGGAGCACGUGGCGCAGUGGGCGCUGGCUCGGCCGCCGCCGCCUGCACCGGACCUGCUGGCGCCGCUGCCGCCCACCAGCCCGCUGCUGCAGCCGAUAGGCAACAAGUUAAGCUGUGCGGACAUAUGCAUGAGCGAAGAGGAGCGCUGGCUGUCGCAAGUGGAGAUAGUGACCCAUGCCGGGCCCCACAGGAGAUUGUGGAUGGGGCCUCAGUUCAUCUUCAAAACUUAUAACACCACUGGGUCGAACUCAUCUCUCUCCGAAGCGGAGGCGGUGGAGGUGGACACGAGCGCAGCGGGAAGCGUGGCGCGCUCCAACCCGGUCAACAUGCCGGGCGUGCGGCCCGUGGUGCCUGUCAUGGUCGACUCCGGCUCCGCCAGUUCCCUCGAGCACUCCCCAUCGGACAGUUUCCGGCGCAAAUCGUUACUGGCCGACAGCGGCCGCGCGUCCGUGUGCGACGUGCAGCUGCGAGAGGACCUCGCCGAGGCCAUGAAGGAGGACCACGGGUGGCCGCGGGAGGAGGCGCGGACGGCGCGGCGGUGGGGCUCGGGCGCGGGAGGGGGCGUGCGGCGCGCCGUGGACCCGCUCGGCACCGUGGUGCCGCGCGCCGAGCCCGAGCCCGGCCCCGAGCCCGCCGACCCCGACCUGUACACGCAGGCCAACGCCGACGAGGGCCGCUUCCGCCCCGUCGUGCGCGCGCCCGCCGCCCUGGGCCUGCCCCAGCACGUCGUCGCGCGCCCGCUGCCGCGCGACACCACCAUCCCCGUGCAGACCGUCGCGCCCGCCGACCACCUCACCGUCCCCGACGAGCCCGUGCCGCUCAACACCGACGUGGUCAUCCCCGCCGCGCUCACUGCCGCGCCGGCCCGUGCCCGCACCGUGCCCGUGCCCGGGCAGGACUCCGGGUUCGUGCCCGUCGAGCGCGCCCGCGAGCGCGCCGAGCGACGGACCGUUCCCCCCGUAGACGUGGUCGAUGUUAGACCCGACGUAGAUAAAGAUCGUAAAGAUCUCGAGCGAGAGAGUGAUGUAUGGAAGCGUGAGGACCCGCGUGUGAGCUCGGCCCCGGCCGAGCGCGAGAGCAAUAAGGAAUCACUGCCAAAAUCGAAUCGGGCCUCGGAUGAUAUUCAACCGAUCGCCCGAGCUAGAGUUAAGAAAUCUCCCACCCCAAAGUCAGUUAGUGAUAGAGAUAGUGAAGUUAAAAUUAAGGAAAAACCUAGAGAUAUUAAGGAACGGGAGAAGAAUACCGAAGGUGCUAGUAGGGAUGAGUGCGAGCUCAAGGAGUCGAGAGUUCCGAGGAAGAUGGAGGUCAAGCCCCAUGUUGUUGUUGCUGAUGAUGGAAAAGUAGAUAAGCGUACCGUGUCGGUUGUUAAAGAGGAAGCGCCAGUCACGAAUACCAUUCCGGUUAACAUGGAGGACACUCGUCCAAAAUCCAAGCAUCUGGAUAAAACUGAAAAAUCAAAGGUAACUGAAGACAAUCGCGAUAAAUCCAAAAAAGGCGACAAGAAUGAGACUUUGACUAAAGACACUCAUGAUAAAUCUAAAAAAGUUGACAAAGAAGAUAUUAUUGUAAAAGGCGCAACAGAAGAAACCUACGACAAGACUAAAAAGAAUAAUCAAAUUGACCCUAUAAAGCCAGCUAUGGAUGAAGGCCGUGAUAAGAUCAAAAACAUUGAAAAUGUAAAACAAGUUACAGAAGAAGCUUCUGAAAAGUUGAUAAAAGUUGAACAUACGGAUGUUGCAAAAGCAGAAGAACAAGCUUGGGAUUUGCUUUUCAACGAAUCAGAAAGGCCUGCAAUUUUGAACGUGACCCAACAAACUAUUGUAACUGACAAAUUCGAUGAUAAACCGAAAUCCAAGAAAACUCGUAAAGGUAAAAAAGGGCAAGAAGAUCUGCAAGCUAAAGAAGAUGAAGAUAGUUUUAUAGAGAUUCACGCGAUUGAUGAAGCUAAAACACCUUCUUGUGGCGAGCUGGUAUCCAUUUCCACGCCAUUCGAAGACAUCGAUUCGACUACUUAUUUGGCAAAAUUAAAGAAACCUCGUUCAUCCAGGAGUAUCACUUCUGAAAAAGAUGAUGAAUCAGAGGUUAAGGCUGUUGAAUGCUUCCCUGACGAUGACUACGAACUUACUUCACUUAAACUGAAGAGCAGGAAGAAUUCUUCCGUAUCAUCUUUCAUGGAGGGUUGGCCUGAACCGAGCCCUGUCAAAAAAUCGACCCCAUUGCCAAUAGAAAAACCAUCAAGUCACCUGAAAGUAAAACAUGAUGUUUUAAGUACUAGUGAAAUCUCAUCCACUUCCCCUAAAGAUGUCCCAAAAACGAAGAAGAGCAAAUCAUUGUCUCCAUAUUCCGAUGCCAGUAGAAAACAUGGUGACAAAUCAUUCGAAGCCGAGAAAAAAGAUGUCUACGUUAUCGAUUCUACGAAUGACGAAUUUCCUGAAAUUCAAAUAACAAGAGGCAGCAAAACCCGGAAGUCACCACAGCCAAUGGAAAGAAAAAGCGUGGAAAAAGAGAUUCUUCAAGAGAAACCAAUAAAAUCCUGGAGUUCCAUAGCUGCUACGAGAAACGACAAAAGAGAUGAACCUACUCUGGCUUUGAAAAAAUAUGAAAGACGUGACUGGGAAGAAACUCAUGUGGGUACUAGUUUAGAGUAUCCGAAGUCUGUCAAAGACGAUCGUGUGUCCUUGCAGGAUAAACUUAUUGAACUCUGCAAGAGAACUGACAUUAUGGUUGCAGAAUGUGACGCUCCAAAUGAGCUUAACUUUGUUGAAGAACACCACACAGAUCUACACGAUCUGCCACCGUUAGAACCCUUAGAUUUCGGUUUAGACGACUACAAACUUGAAGUCAUGAGAGACAGUCUUUUGGAAGUAAACGAUACAAAAAUCAGUAGCCCGAUAUGCAAAAUAAACAUUGACGAUAUUCUUUCGUCUAUUAAAGAAACCACGAGCAAAGUCAUAGAAUCGAGUACCUUCAAUUUAGUCGAUUUGGAGAAGGUGCCAGCCAGGAAGGAAAAAGGUUUUAGUGUUAUCGAGAGUCAUAAGAUUAGGACUCAAGAGGUGAAAAUAGAUGAUGAAAGUAAAGAAGGGGAGAGUUCAACGAUGGAAAAGUCGUCGGACGACGACAACGUGUCGCCCCUGGUAUCGACCGACAGCGACAAAGAAGACAAGCGGACCGCCGGUGCUGCAAGUGUGCUCCUCCCUUCCGCAAAGCAAUCAUCCAAAUGUAAGAAGUCGCGUCGAAAGAAGAAAUAACUCUAAAGUAUGUGUUCAAAAUCAUUAUAGCUUCAUUUAUAUUAUAGUGUUGCAAUGUCACUUCGUAAAUAUCAAUAAUUGAUGCUAAUUACAUAAAUACAAUUAAUAGGUAUGAACGGUAAAAAAACGUCAUAAAUAUUUUUAACCACUAUGAUUUUCAAACUUACUUUUAACAUAAAAUUUUCAAAAAAUAUCUCUACUUAUGCCACAAUAAUUAAAAAAGAUAAAAUAAAAAUACAUAAAAUUCAUUGAAAAUGACAAAAAUAUUGUUAACGUUUUCUUUAUGGAGAUAGUUAUAAUAUGUAGUUGCGUUUUGUUCAUGUUUUUCGAUAAAAAUGUUUAACGGUAUCGUCUGAACAAUUUUAUCAAAAACUAUCUUCAUAAAAAAAUAUAGUUAAGCAUUACAACAGUGCUGCUACAGUACUUAUUUUUUUAGAUUAUUUAAUUACUUUAUACGUUGUAGUGUUUGUAGUAAACUUCAAUGGCGGACACUACGUUAGAUACUAUUUUGCUUUCAUUACCAACGCAUGAAAAUGUAAUGUAACCUUCUUGGCUCUGCCAUAGUUGAGUAUCUGUUCGGCCAGUACGACGAGAAAGUACCUCAUUAUUUACCAUUUUAAAAACCUUAAUCAUAUUUGUUGCGGUAUCUAAUAGAAUCUCGAAUGUGUGCUUUUUUCAGCUAUUUCGAUAUACAUUAUUGUAUUUAUUACCAUAUACCUCAACAUACGUUGACUAACAUUUCGCACUGGCCCGCUAAGUGAGACGGAAGCCCGCAAAUCUGUGCACGGUGACCACUCUCACAGUCGCGACUUGCCUGUGACCAAGUCACUUGGUAUAAAAUACCUUCUCUUAUACACGGCUGUCUUUAUGUACAAAUACUUUAACUAUCCAGCAAGUAUUAAUCUAGAGGUUUUGUUUUUAUAUUAAGUUUUAUGUUGAAUCAUGACAAAUAUUUAUUUUUUCUAUCUUAGCUUUUAUUUCGUGUAGAUGUUUAAUUAACUUAUGAUAUUUAGUUAAUAAUUUAGUAUUGAAUUAAUAAUGAUUAGUGCAUAAUAUUUAUAAUCAUGAUCACUUUCUUAAAUGAAAUUAUUUGCUUUUUGCUCAUUUCUUUGGAAAUAGGUUAAGUGAUGAAAUAAAAGGCAUAUAAUAAUAAAAAGAAAUAAAUACAUACAGUGUGGCAUCUAAUUUUACUGAAUUUAGACAAGAAACGAGAACAGCGACGUGGCCAUCAAUCUCUCGAUUGAUCAUUUUUGCUUUGGACGUAAUUUCAGUUUUAUUAAAGGACUUAAUUUCUGUUGAUAAAUCAUAAGUGUUUCUGCUGUUGCGCAGCCGCGUAAAUAUAACAAAACUUAAAAGCGUCAUCAUUUGGAUGGUAUCGCAUCCUUUUAUGAAAUAAGUUUUCCAAAAUUACAAUGAUUACAUAACAACAAGGUUUGCGAUUUGUGAAUCUAUGGCGGCCUUCAGUGACGAGCAAUGUAUUAAGUUGUGAUGACAUGUUUACACGUUAGUAAAUCUAAGUGACAUAAUUUAAUAGGAAAUAUACCAGUUGUGGAAGGAUGUGUGCUUAGCAUAAUGUGUUAUCUUGACAAUAUGGUAUCUUAUGUCCUACGAAUACGAACUCAACCAGAUUUACCAACCAAGUGUGUAAAGAAGUAGUAUUGGACUAACAUGAAUUAUUGUCUUGCACAAUCUAUGUGCUAUGUUUUCAUUAGAUGAACUGUAUCAGUCCCUAAUAUACAAUUACCGUUUUGUUUGAAAAAUAACAGAAUAUCGAAGACAGCAGAAGCAUGAUGAUCGCGUUUUUAUCGUCUGGCCCCGUAGACAACAUGCCAAUCGCUAACGCUCCGUAGCGAACGAAACGCAACUGUCACUGUCACACUAAUAUGUAAGAGCGAUAGAGAGACACAAAGCGAUUCGAUGGCAAUGCGCAAGCGAUUGUCACCUUGGUUAGGCCGCAUGUUUUGUAACCGUGGCCUUUAAAAGAAAUAUCUAAGUGCAAGACUAUAACGCGACACGAUAGACGAUAAAAAUGCAACCACCGAUAUAUCAUACAAAACCAUUUACUGUAAUUAAAAAAAAAUAAAGCCGUUUCUAUUGGCUGGUAAGGUAUAGUUAUUUUGCUGAACAGAAAGAACUGUAUAAAACGGCACCAUUUCAAGUAGGUUUGUGAUUUGAUGUAAUACCGUUUUAUACACAGUCCCUUGCCAACCGGCCACCUAGCUUCGAAUAAUCGUAUUAUAAAAAAUUAAGUUAAUAUAAAAUUAAGGUAAAUUUAUUAAUUGAGUAAAUGAUCUAAGUAUCACAAAACGUCUAAAUCCCUAUUAACAUAAUAAAAAUGUAUCACUUUUUCAUCCAAAAACAUGAUCCUUGAAUGUAUAUUUAUUGUUAAAACUUUUUAAAUUUGUUAUCAAGAUUUGUCUAAUAUAGUCAAACCUACUCAAUUUACACUUAAUUACCUAGGAGUUUUUACGAUAAGUACCUAGUUUUCGAAUUUUGAAAUCUAUAUUUGAUCUGUUUCAAUGGGUGUGGUGAUAACUCGCUUCUUUACGAGCCCCUAUGGAAGAUUUUUUUUUUUUACACCAACACGGUAGCAAACAAGCGUGCGGAGUUCGCCUACUAAUUAGAAAAACGUUUUGAAAUUUAUUUUGAUUCAUAAUUCCUCUAUUUUAAUCGUCAUAAUAAAAUUAUGUUUUAGUUAUAAACAACACAAUCGGAUUAGUUAGACGUUUUCUGGUAAUCUGAAUGAACCAACAUAUAACCUCAUUAUGAGUAUUAUGACAAUUACGUGUCAUAUCAUAUCCCGUCACAUUUAUGUCCCGAUGUGAAUGAUAAAUUACCAUCCGAAAUAACUAUUUCCAUUGCCAAGAGGUAUUUAACCACUAACGAAUUCGAAUUAGGCAUAAUUUUAAGGCAGCACUUUUUGGACUAUUUUUGAUAAGUAUAUGUAUAUUUUCUUAAAUUAAUUUUAAAUUUCAUUGCUACAGCAAUGCUAUUGAUAUUUUAAUGAGUUUUUACUAAUUCGGCCCAUCUACGAAGAACUUUUUAUGGUGUCAUUAGGGCCGUAUGAAUUAAUAAACAAUAUGUUAGUAUUAUUUUAAUAUGCUAAUUUUAAAUUUUAAAGUACAUGCAAGAAAUGUCAAGGAACAUAAACCAUGAGUUACAAAAAAAGAAUAUAUUUAUAACGUUUUCGCUUAUUUGCAAGUACAAGAUAUCUUUAUGUAGAUAAUGAAUGACACAGAUAUACUUACCAUAGCUUGACCAAUGUAUUGUUAAGUAAGUUGCAAUUGUAACCGUUGAUUACUAAUAGAUACGUUUUAAAUAUGAUAGAUAAGACCACUGUGCUUAAGUAGAGUGAACCCUUUAAUCUCGUGCGUCGUUAACUUGUGACAGCUCGUUUGAUAUAAAUUUUGAAUCUCCAAAUAGACUUCAGCGGGAUCAAAAGUCAAUAACUCCUUGUUUUCAUUGUUUAUACACGUAAAAAAAUAUUACAAGAGAUUAUUAUGUAAUUCAGUAUUCAGUAGCAAAUUCAUACAAAUAUUAUUUUAACUGAGGGUCUAACGCGAAUAUCUUGUGCAAUGUAUUCGAACGAUAGAGAGACAGAUAACGAUAUUGCGUACGUCAAUGUUCGCGGUAGGCCCUCUGAUUAACCUAAAGGCCCCUUGCUUGGCUGCCAUAAAGUUGUCAGAAGUUGCAACUUACUAAAAUGUAAAGCUUAGUUUAUGUAGUAUUGAUAAAUCUGACAUUGUAUUAACUACAUUAUUUUAGAUAAAUAGUUAUAUUAUAUCAGAAUUUAAAAGUGCACAAGCUAUCAUAUAUUAAUAAUUAUGCUCAUCCAUACGCCUCAUUGGGGUGCCUGGGCAGGAUAGAAACUUGAAACAAACUGAUAUAAUAUAGCAACACUUCUAAAAAUAUUUUCUCUUCUUUUAUUGUAUAGGUAUAGAAAAACUUGUCUAAUAAUAAAACUCGAAUUUGCUGUAGUCAGUGCUUUCGCGUGUUAUCAAAUUGAUAUUUGUAAAUUCAGCUGCCUUGUAUCAGUAUGAUUUUGUUGAUAAUGUUAUGGAGUGUUUUAAAAAAUCAAAUAGUAAUAAAUAAAAUAAAAAUGAGAAUUCAAAAACCACAAAA